AUGGCGAAUCCUGAAACUCAACGUCAGCCUCACCGGUCCAAAGCUCGACCGUCGUCAUCAAAGGCUCGACCGUCAACAUCAAAGUCUCGACCAUCAACAUCGAAGGCUAAACCGCCGGUUCAGGCUAGGGUUCCGCUGAGGCUGUUGCUUCGGGUAGCGUCAGUGGCUGGUGGCAUUCAGUUUGGCUGGGCCUUGCAGUUAUCGCUUCUCACGCCGUACGUGCAGCAGCUCGGGAUCCCGCACGCGUGGGCCAGCAUCAUAUGGCUCUGCGGCCCGCUCUCUGGGCUUCUGGUUCAGCCCCUGGUGGGCCACAUGAGCGACCGGUGCACCAGCCGGUUCGGGCGCCGGAGACCGUUCAUAUUAGUCGGAGCAGUGGCGAUUGUCAUCUCUGUUCUGUUAAUUGGUCACGCCGCGGACAUUGGGUGGUGGUUUGGCGACACCGAGAACCAUCGGCAGUACGCUGUGGCCGUUUUUGUGUUCGGGUUUUGGAUUUUGGACGUGGCUAACAACGUUACUCAAGGUCCUUGUAGAGCUUUGCUUGGCGAUCUUACUGGCAAGGAUCAUCGAAGGACACGUGUUGCAAAUGCUUAUUUUUCCCUGUUUAUGGCUAUUGGUAACAUUCUUGGUUAUGCAUCCGGAUCCUAUAGUGGUUGGUACAAGGUCUUUUCUUUCACACUUACCCCUGCAUGCAAUAUUAGUUGUGCAAAUCUCAAGUCAGCUUUCUUUCUCGACAUUGGUUUCAUUGCCCUCACCACCUAUAUCAGCAUCGUGGCAGCUCAUGAAGUGCCUCUAGGUUCAAGUGGGGCACACUCAGCAGGGGAGUCAGGUAGCGCAGAAGAAGCUUUCCUGUGGGAGCUAUUUGGGACAUUCAGAUAUUUUUCAAAAUCUAUAUGGACAAUACUGUCUGUUACUGCUCUAACAUGGAUUGGGUGGUUUCCAUUUCUUCUAUUUGAUACUGAUUGGAUGGGCCGAGAGAUUUAUGGUGGUGAGCCAAAUCAAGGCCCUAAUUAUGAUACUGGAGUUAGGAUGGGAGCGCUUGGUUUAUUGCUUAAUUCAGUUGUUCUUGGAAUAACAUCAGUGCUCAUGGAAAGGCUAUGUAGGAAGCGGGGAGCUGGGUUUGUGUGGGGAAUCUCAAAUAUCCUGAUGGCUGUCUGCUUUAUUGCAAUGCUUGUAGUAACCUAUGUGGCAAACAAAAUUGGCUAUGUAGGCAAAGAUCUACCACCGUCCGGCAUUGUUAUGGCUGCAUUGACAAUCUUUACCAUUCUUGGGUUUCCACUGGCAAUCACUUACAGUGUUCCAUAUGCAUUAAUUUCCACGCAUAUUCAGUCACUGGGGCUUGGCCAAGGAUUGUCAAUGGGAGUCCUAAACCUUGCAAUAGUGAUCCCGCAGGUUACUGCACAGGUCCGAGAAAAAGGGUGCACCACAUCUGAAGCUUAG